AUGGACUCAUGGCGGGAACGAGGCUUUGUACCGGACUCGGACGAAGAGGACGAAUUCGACUCGCUGGACUCGAAGAAGGGGAAUCUCGUCAAUGACACCGAUGGCCCGACUCUCGCCUAUAUUGCUGUGCCGUCACCAAACCCCCACGCAGGGACCGCUCUCAAGACUCGACGCGAGGACACACAGCCCGAGAGCGCUUCGAAACCGCACCGAGAACCCGUUGAAGCGUCACAGGAUCUCGUGGAUGAAGUGGAUGUGGUGGAAAAUGGAUCAGCACGCAUGAAGAGACGGACUGUUAGGAAGAGCACACAGUCGCCUCUGAGGAUUGGCAAAGGGAGAGGAAGCCUGCGCAAAAGUGCUUCCAGUGGACUGAACACGCCCAAGUCUUCUACCCCGAGAUCGAUAGGACCGAAAGAGACCCAGAAAGGGGAUGAUGUAUGGAGUGUUCCCAGCUCUUCACCAACGAAACCCUUGGUGGUGCUCGCGUCGGCACGCAAGUCGUCUCGGGAAAAAUCGUCUGCUACGAAACCAAGCGACACAAUAUGGGACAUCCCCAGUUCAUCAGACGAAGAAUAUGGCCUCCCAGGGCUUCAGAUAAGCCCAAAACUGCCCACAUCUCCCCGGUUGCCACGAUCCUCGACUGCCCCCCCCAAAAUUGCUGAAGACAAGGGUAUAUCGCAAAUCACAUCUGCCACCGACUCUCCAUUGUCAUCUCCUCCAUCGUCUUUCGCUGCCCAACUGGAUACCAUUGCCCCUGACGCAGACAUGGAGACCCCUUCUGUGUCGAUCCCGCUGCCAAAUCACAAUCUGGAUGACAUGAUCACCGAUCUUGAUAUCCCAGAGGAGGUCCUGCGGGAGUUGUCUCAACCAGCGCGACGAUCCCUGAGAGAACGCAAUCCCAUCCAGCUGCAUCCCUACCUCCUGGAACAGGCCCAAUACCAGACGCUCAUGAAAGCCAGAGGCGUCCGACCUGUGCGUAUAGCUAUCGAACAGCAGCUGCGCAAGGCCGCACAAGAAAGCCAGGACCAAGAUCAAGCGCAGGAUUCCUACGACCCUGAUGCGCCUCCAUCGAGUCCUCCUGCUGAGGAAUACCUUCCUCCGCCAAGAAGGGAGCCGCAUUCAGAAGGACAACGAAACAGGCGUAACGAGCCCCUUGAGCAUCAACGACAACACGUGGUGAAGCGGCGAAAGAUAUCACGCUCUGAUACUUAUCGACGGCAACAUGAUUUCUCCAGACCUCGAAUGACGAUGGACCACAACACGUCUCUAAAUGGUGACAAUGGUCUCUCUAUAUACAACAUCCCACCAAGCCCCCCACGUUCAGGAAGUGCGUCGACAAUCACGAGGACUCCCAGGACCUCAGGAGGAUUUCGUUGGCCGAUAGGAGGAUCCUCACCUCCUCCGGAAUUUACAACCCUGGCUGCCACUGAACCAAAAUCUAGAAUUCAGGAAGAAGACGGCUCUAGCCUUGUGGAACUACCUGUUCCCAUUGCCAAAGAUAAUGAAGAGACGCAAUCUGACACCUCGCGCAGCCAGCAGAGUUCCGACGCAGAAGAAGAGUCCGAUGAGGAGGAUCAUGCGAGACGAAUGUAUCAGCGCAGAAUCAAAGGUGUUCUCCCUGCCUCGUGGCUUCGUUUGGAUCAGAAAAAGCAGCAGGGGACGCAAACUCAGGCACAGCGGGAUCGACAUGCGGCCCUGCAAAGGACGGAGUCGGCCAAGGGUGUUGCGCGCAAGAUUGUUCGAAAGAGUAACCCAUCAGGGCCCUCAAGUCCUUACCGACACCGUGCUCUUAUCGACUUCGAGGAUUCUGAUGGUGACGAGGAUGACAACAAUGAAGCUCCCCGUGUUCCUGAGAAAGACGAUACCGACGAGAGGCUGGCCAACUUCGUCGGAUUCGAGGACCCCUACGGUCAAGAUGAAGAUGAUAUCCCUGAGGACAAUCGAAUUGAUGGCAUGUUUGCACCGGUGCCGCGCAAGUCUUCGAGCUCUGGCGGACAGAAGCAAAAAACCCUGAAACGGCAGAAGCCCAAAGGAAAUGACAAGUUAGAAGAAAGACAGCGGAAGAGGGCUCGACUAAAACGACAAACCAGGCUGACUGAUACCUCUUAUGGAGGACGGAGAACGAAGCAAUCCACCAAAGUGUCAGUGCCAAAGCUCGGCAUCCUCGAUGCUCCGGAUGUUGCCCAGCGCCCUCCCAAAGAACAACCGCAAUUUCUUCGCGUUGCUGCAAGAAAGGCUCGUGCACGUAAAGAAGGAGGGCGACAAAGUCCCACGCGCAAGUUCUUCCAACUGGCCACGAGAAAGGACACGGCCGAUGCGAACGAAUCGUUGCGUCGCUGGGAAAAAGGUGCGAUACGUCAGACGAAGAUCAAUCCACCGCAAGUAAAGCCGCGCAAACGGGGGCCACAACCAAGCUUUCAAUCUCUAAUCAAUCAGGCCCGGCCACAUCUUCAGAGUACUCGAACAAGCCAACAUGCCACCAUAGAACCCUCGCAUAUUGCCUUGCCGCCUGAUGAACGGGCCGUACCAGAGCAGGGCCCACGCUAUGACCCUGCAGUGCCUGCUGCCACAUCCACCCAGAAUGCAGCCGUGAGCAGACCUUCGCAGCCAGAGAAGCGAGGCCACCAAUGGGUUGUUCGCAGAAAUGUUGCAAUAACAUCACUCAGACGAAACGAUCCUCGUCCUGCGGCAGGCCAGGGCAGCCAGCCUUCAUCAGCCCAUUUCCACAAAUCUCUUUCCAUGCUUAAUCGAAACUACAGGCACCAGCCCACAUCAAAACCCUAUCGGCCUAGUCUGACUCUAGAUCGAUACCUCACUGACAAUGGAUCAAACCCUGCAACCAACCAAACCUCCAAAACCGCUGUGGCGCCUCAGACGGAAACGAGAAGUGAGCAGUCAACCACACCUCUCCAGCCCUCUCAUCGUCGAUUAAAGAAGCGUACUCCCAAUCGCAUCAAUCUUGACUCGGACGGCUUUUACGAACAACAAGAACCCGCGGCGAUUAUUGCCGAUGACCCGACCCCCACGGCCACCCCAGCUGGACAUGCGCGCCCUUCGUUUCAGAACAUAGGUGGACUGUUCAAUUGGCAACGUUCUUACUCAGUGGAUUUCGGGAUCAUGCCCUUGCAGGCUGGCACUUUCUUUCAUGAAUCUACUUUCAUCGGAAGUGGAGAAUUUGCUCGAUCUCUCGAUGUGCUGAAGCGGGACCUGGAUCGGGAUGCUGGGCAUCUAUUUGUUCAUGUCAAGGACCAGUCCUUCCGCUGGGGUGCUUGGAACGAUAUGGUGUCCUCCGAUAUGGGGCAUGCGUUCGAUGCCAUGAUUGUUCAAAUUGAAUCCAACACUUCCGUCUCUCCCGACACAGUCCCCGGGCAAGCACUGGACUCGGCGGUCACCAUAUAUAGGUCCUUGAUCAAAUAUGUGACGUCGUAUUUGACGUUCAUGGACCCUGUCGACCGGACUGCUUUUGUCACACGAGCACAGAGCCUGAUUUCAAAAUUAAGGGACUCUUUGGCUCCUUUCUGCGCCGGCGAGGAGUGCAAUAAAAGUGCCCUGGUGAAAGUAGCGUCAUAUGGCCCGGUCUUCGCUAACCAGGUUUAUCAGAUCGCGACGCAUUCUCUGGUUGAUAACACACUUGCGGAUGAAUUACUCGCGCUUGUCAACACUUUGAUCAAGGAUGUCGGUAUUUUGAUAUCAGAUAAAGAAAACCUGUCCCAAUUGCAGCGAUUUUUGGACGAGAACAAGAAGACCGAGCGGCGAGAAUGUGGCAUUCGCGAAGAUUUCCCAUUGGUGGAAGCUUAUGUUAUCACCAAGCAUCUCGUGCACAGUUCAGAAAGAUACUGUGGCUGGUUUAAGGACAUGCAGACCGAAGCUUGCAUCAAUGGCGGCUUGCAAAGCACAAAGGAUGUAGGGAUUUUAGAGAACGGGUGGCGUGGUCUAUUUACGGUCUUACCUCUCAAUGAGAUCGAUCAAUUUGGUAUCUUGCGCCGAGGAUCCAGAUUUCAAGGGGCGGAUGACAACUGGAAGCUUGUCAAACAGCUUUUGUCACCGGUUCUGGACCAUGCCGAUGCCAACUCCGUGACGCAUACAUUCUCAUUCAACACAUAUUGCCGAACAGUUUUCCAUAGGUGCUAUCAUCUGCUCAGCGCCUGGGGUUGGCGAGACUGCAAGCCUAUCCUUGACACGCUCUACGACUUCUUCGCCAGAAAGACGCUCUAUAAUCUCAAGCUGGAGGAGACUUUCGGCUCACCCUCAUUCCUCGACGAGCUUGACGGCAAGCCUUCCUUGCAUGUUCGACCCGGUGAACCCUGCUUCCAUACCCUGCUGAAAAUCAUAGCACGCGGUCUGCCCUUCUUGACAGAAAAAUUUCCCAAGAAGAAAAUUCUGGGGUUCGUCUGGCGUCUGCUACCCAAUCACGGCCGCGUGUAUCCGAAGGAACAGGAGCUGCGUCAUGAGGAUCUCGAUGCACUGAGAAACCACCAUGACCUCCUCUCGACUCUGUACUGGGCUGCACCUGAAGGAUGUCGACCUCGUCUGGAUUCAAUUCGCAACCUAGUGGAUCCAGCUCGUUCGCACCGCGAAACCUGCAGCAUCAGCCUUCGGUCAUGGGCUCGACUCGUUCGAUUCAAAUUGUCGACAAAUGAAGAUCUGUCCGACCUGGUCCCGUUUGCAGACUGGCACGGCUAUUUCGUGACAGAGCUUCUGAAGCAGCGGUCCCUUGCUCGCACAGAGAUCGAGUCGCAAAGCAAAGGGAACAACCAGGUCUCGAAGGAGCUCAUCGAGAAGACGAUUGCUCAGAACCAGCGCCACAUCGAGUCUUUGCUCAACACUGCACUCAAUGCGAUGAAGGUUGCAGUCGAAUUGGCACCUUCCCUGGAUCAUGCGCACCAGAUUAUUUCCAGGCUUCCGUUCGAGUUGCUGCUUGGAUUGUUCGAUCCCAAACUUGAGCGGGUCAAUGUUGUUGUGUCGGGGACUUUGCAGGUGAUCAUAGCGUACAUCCGCAAAGACAAAGACAAUGCCAAACCACCUGCUGCGGUUUCUACUGAAGAUGACAGCCAAGAGUAUGGUGAUUGGACGGCAAUCGAGGCCGCAUACGGACAAGAAACCUCACUGAGCGACGCUAUCAAAUACGUGGAAAACGUGUGCCUCCCAGCUGUCGCACCGCUUGUUUCGAACUGCUUUGGUGCAGACCACUGUCCCGAGGAUGCCAUCCUAGUCAACGUGGUCGACUGCUGGACAUCAAUCGCCCAGAUUCUGGUCCGCUAUGGGCUUCGACACUGGGAGACGUACCUGGAUCGUUACGAUGGUCUCUCCUGGGCCAAUCUCUUAUCGACAAUCCAGACCCGAAAGUUCACGCCGCAGUUUGUCGCUUCCUGCAUUGAGAAAGACUCCCGCUUCCUUUUCGAUUGUCGACUGCAGGUCCUCGAAAUGUGGAUGUCCUCCCUCGUCGAGCGGUCUUCUAUGCUCAAGUUCCAACAUCGCCUCACGGAAGCGCUCUUGAACGAAAGCCCCAAUGAUCCUCUACUGGAAAACCUGCCGUUCUUUAAGGACCACAAGAAUGAUCAAUAUGCCAUCACGCUCGAAGAAUUUGGCCAACGAAGACUAUCCCUUAUUUCCAGCCUGCUCUCUAAUAUGCGCGAGCAUCUCCAAGUCAUGAACGAACAACUCCGGAACAUGAAGCCCAUGGGCAGUCGAGACCUGGACGGGCAAAAGCGAGAGCGUCGAGAAUCGCUGCAGCGAGACAUCAACGUCACAAAGCAAGGGUAUCGAGAACUUCUGCAACGAUUGAUGACAGCGAUGAAGAAGAAUUACCAAGAACUGGGCAACGCAACAGAAGAACCCGUCCAGGGUGCCUACAUCGACUUCGUGCACCGCGUCAUCCAGUUCCUGCAACAAUACACCAGUGACAUCGAGCCCAUCGAUCAAUUCUUCACGAACCCGUCCUCGUUUCCUCUCCCGUCCACAGACCCGCUGUACAUCGUCGCCAAGCUCAAAGCUUACGAGACGAAGCUCUCAUCCGAUCGGGAGGUCAAGACUCUGACCAUGUUCAUCCAGAGCAUCUCCGAGCGCGCUGCCAUCGACGGCGAGCAGAGCUACCUGGUCGAACAGCUGCAUACAUCUAUGAAAGACACCUUCGAAGCGGGUAUCCCAGGAAGACCAACGCUGCGUGCUACUCUGUUGCAGUGCGUGUUCCCCGCCUACCUCGAACUGGCAUUCAGCAAUGGCGCGGCCUGGCUUCUCAGCCGGCCUAUCAUACAGACAGUCACCCUCCUCUUCAAGGACCUGCUGUGCAACAUAGAUACUGCAGACUCUGCUUGUGUCUUGUCCAUCGCGACUAUCUUCACCAGCGUGUUUCGGGCGUCGCAUCGGGCUCUGCGCUCCCUUUCGACUUCUCCCGAGAGAUUUAAUGAUUCGGCCGUCCUCUCCACGCUAUCAUCUUACAUGGACAUGUUCUCUUCCUCUCUCAUCGUCCUGGACUACAUCGACCGUAUCAUCGACGCUGUGCCCGCGCGAAUUGCAGUAGAAGGACCCGCCAUCGAUGAAGCCAUCGAUCAAAUGCGCUGGUUCCGCGACUUUGCUCAAGCCGUGAUUGUGACGACGUCUCCUAUCAGCACAAAUCCAACAACACCCACGGUCGAGCCCGGUUUCGAUCCUACUGCAGCCAUCGCCGCAAUUCAACCUCCAGCACCCCCCGGCCCGACCUCAUCAUCGUCGUCUGGAAGACUUCCCGCCUUCCUUCCUGAGGCGGCUCGUCUCGCCGGCAAGGAACUCCAGUCCUAUCUCGCAAGCUGGUCUCGACAUCAAGGGAAGUACUACAUUACUCGGCGCGGCGCGGCGAGACAGCAGGAGGUUACGCUUGAGUCUAGACUCGCGACAGUUGUGGAGAAUGCGGAGGAGGCGAGGCGUGGGUUGGAUGUUGCUGCGCGGUGGUUCUUGGAUCGGGUGAAGGGCUUGGAGCUGCUGGAUUAG